CAUCAACUUUGGAACACCAGCCCGAUGGGAGACACAGCCAAGGUGAUUUACACAGUAGCGGAGGUGCUCAUUGCAGUCUGCUGCUGUCUGGGUAACAUGCUGGUUAUUUUUGCACUGUGGAAUACGAAAAGCAUCAGAAAGCCCACGUUCUGCCUGAUCGUCUCUCUGGCUGUGGCUGACUUCUUGGUUGGAUGUGUGGUCAUACCGUUUGCUGUGCUGGUGGACGACCGAGUGGAGACUUCAUUCAACACCUGCCUCUUCCUCAGCUGCGUGGUCAUCCUGUUGACAUGUGUUUCAGUCCUGUGCCUGCUGGCGAUUGCUGUGGACCGUUACCUCCGGGUUUAUAUCCCUCUUAGGUACAAGAGGAUUGUAACUCAGAGAUACAGUUAUCUUGUGGUGGCUGCAUGUUGGUUUCUUGCAAUACCACUGAGUUUUGCUCCAAUGUUUGGAUGGAACACCUCCAAAACCCAGAAUGUGUCAGCCAGUUCUACAAUUCCCUGCAAGUUCAUAAGUGUGAUUCCCAUGUCCUACCUGGUAUAUAUAAACUUUUUUGUGUGUUCCUUGACACCUCUCUUGGUGAUGACGAGUUUGUACACCUAUGUCUUCUGCACCAUUCGAGCAAACCUUAGGGAGAAACCAGGAAAUGCACCCAAAAACCAGUCAGAGAACUAUCUCAGGAAAGAGAAACAGCUGGCAACAUCUCUGUCUUUAGUUUUGGCCUUGUUUGCUGUGUGCUGGAUCCCACUACAUGUAAUGAACUGCAUAAUUUACUUUAGCGAGAAGAAAGAUGUUCUAACAUAUAUGACUUUGUAUUUUGGCAUUGCCCUUUCUCAUGCUAAUUCAGCUGUUAACCCAGUUGUUUAUGGGUUCAAGAUACACAAGAUCAAAGCAGCCUAUCUGAAUAUGUGGAAAAAGUAUAUCUCUCAUCCAGCACAAACCCAAGAACCGCAGAUAAGUCAGACGUCAGACUCCAAUACCAGCAAUAAAAUUGCGACCAGUGAUGACUGAAGGAUUAUUUAUGUGCUUGUUUGAUUCUGAAAACCAAGUCAAGAUGUUUUUUUACACUUUGUUAUAAGUAGGA